UUCAGAAAAAGGAAGUAGAAAAAAAAUAAAAUAUAUAUAUACCCUCACUAUUUUAUUGGGUUUGUCUUCUCCAACUGCCACUGUAUUCACCUCAGAAGUAGGUUAAGCAUCAUCUCUCUGUUUCCAUGUGGCUUCAGGUCUUCAUUGGUUCAGUUAAUUAUCUAUUUUGGUAAGUGUUUCAAAGUGCCUCUGUGAGGUAUACAGCAUGUCCUCUUGUGUGUUGCCAAUUCCUAUCCGAUGGGUAGGUUCAUAAAAGAGCAGCCUACGCUGGACUUAGAGGGAAGAAGAAAUCAACGGGACAUUGUCUUCUGUUAUUCUCAGAACCCGUGGCAGAUUGUCAUCAGACUUCUUUAUGGAAGUUCAAGCAAGACAUUGUGUGCUUAUCAUGAAAACUCCACUCUACUUCUCUAAUGGGGCAGAGCACUAUUCUCCUCCUUGGUUCAGUGUUGCUCCCAUGAUGAAAUGGACAGAUAACCAUUACAGAACUUUGGCCUGUCUCAUCUUAAGGAAGACGUGGCUCUACCCAGAAAUGCUUGCUGACGAAACAACUGUCUACCAGUCUGGCAAUUUGUUUGUAGCUGAGGCCAUGUGCAUCAUUGCUGCAAAUACAAAUGUUCCCGUGAGUGUCAAAUGCAGAAUUGGACUUGAUGAGCAUGAUUCAUACUGUGAACUAUGUUCAUAAAAGAGCAGCCUACGCUGGACUUUGAGGGAGGCAGAAAUCAAUGGAACAUUGUCUUCUAUUAUUCUCAGAACCCUUGGCAGAUUGUCAUCAGACUUCUUUUUUAUGGAAGUUCAAGCAAGACAUUCUGUGCUUAUCAUCAAAACUCCACUCUACUUCUCUAAUUUUGGCAGAGCACUAUUCUCCUCCUUGGUUCAGUGAUGCUCCCAUGAUGAAAUGGAGUGAUAACCAUUAUAGAACUUUGGCCCGUCUCAUCUGAAAGAAGACGUGGCUAUACCCAGAAAUGUUUGCUGACGAAACAACUGUCUACCAGUCUGGCAAUUUGGAAAGUUUGUUGUGGAGGCCAUGUGCGUAAUUGCUGCAAAUACAAAUGUUCCCGUGAGUAUGCAGAAUUGGACUUGAUGAGCAUGAUUCAUACUGUGAACUAUUCGAAAGAUCUGCUUCUGCCCAGAUGGGUUCCCAAAGGAUGAAAAUGGAUUCUUUGGAUAUGUGACUGGGCUUGAGGAGUUCCUCAAGGAUCCAUGGGAUGGUGAGGAGGCAGCUUCUACUGCUUCAGCUCAGACUAAGCGUGUUGCUUUGCAGAAGAAAGCUGCUGCUGCUGCAUCUAAUGUGGGUGAGGAUUUCGCUGGAGGGUUUCAGUCUGGAGAUGUGGAGGGCUCCAUGAAAGAUGUUGGUGGAGAAGAACAAGGUCUAUCAAAUGUCAAAGUGCUGUGUAGGCUAUGCUUUUCCAGUGAAACUGAAGGAGGUGAAAGAGCAAGGAAGAUGAUGUCAUGCAAUUGUUGUGGGAAGAAGUAUCACCUAAGCUGCCUGAAAACAUGGGGUCAACAUAGAGAUCUCUUCCAUUGGAGUUCAUGGACAUGUCCCUCUUGCCGGGUUUCUGAGGGCUGUCAAACAACUGGAGAUCCAAACAAGUUCAUGUUUUGCAAAAGGUGUGAUGCAGCUUAUCACUAUUACUGUAUGCAGCCUCCACUCAAGAAAGUUAGCAGUGGGCCUUAUUUGUGCCCCAAACACACAAAGUGCCACAGCUGCUGUUCUAAUGUUCCAGGAAAUGGACUGAGGGCGAGGUGGUAUUUGGGAUACACUUGUUGUGAUGCUUGUGGAAGAUUAUUUGUGAAGGGAAACUACUGUCAAGUUUGUUUGAAGGUUUAUAGAGAUUCUGAUACAACACCUAUGGUUUGCUGUGACAUUUGCGACCGCUGGGUGCAUAGCCAAUGUGAUGGCAUCAGUGAUGAAAAAUAUUUUCAGUUUCAAGUGGAUGAUUUGCCGUAUUCAUGUCCAACAUGCCGCGGAUAUAAUUAUAAGUCGAUAAAUCUUAACAAUGCUGUUCCGGAGCUUUGGAAGAGGAGAGAUGUAGCUGAUAGGGAUUUAAUUGCAACUUUGAGGGCAGGAGCUGGGUUGCCUGUUGAUGAUGAAAUAUUUUCUAUUUCACCCUUUUCAGAGGAUGAAAAUAGUGCUCCUCUAGUGAAAAAUCAACAUAAACUAUUCUUAAAGUUUUCUCCUACUGGUUUAGUUGACAAGUCUCCCCAAAAGAGCAAGGAAUGUGGAAAAGAUUCUGGUGAGGAGAAGGGGUUAGCUGGACAAAAUGGACAUCCUGAUGCUCCAUCUGGUGGAUAUAUUACUGGUGAUGUCAAGAAUGAUGAAUUGCAGGCCUAUGGCGAACUGAAUAACUUUUCUUCUCCUGUUGGUAGCUUAACAGAAGGUAUAUGUUCAUUUAAUGAGGCAGGGAUCAAAUAUCACAAAUUUAUAGACGAGGUUACUGGAAACAUGGAUAAGAGAACAGUCCAAAGGAAUGAUAGCAAGCCUCAGCAUUUGGAUGGGGAUGAUGUUGGGAUUCAAACAAGCAUGCCAAAGACCUCCAAGGGGCCAAAUGUUCUUUGUGUAUCAGGUAAUGAGGAUCGGGCUCAGCUGAGAGAAAAUGAAAACUCAGAAAGUAAUGACACUGCAGCUAAACUUGGUGGUGGAACAGAAAGUAACUCAAUAAAGAUUAAGAAAGUUAGCUCAGAAGCUACUCAUUUCCCUGCCAAAGUUGGUGGAAGAUUUGCCGAUGGAUCUGGACCUUAUUUUCCACUCAAGACUUCUGGUAUCUUAGGAAAAAGAAGCCAUGACGGGGACGCCAAUUCAUUUUGGGACAAUAAAAUGGAUGACUUCUUGGAUGAUAACUGGAUAUUGCAGAAGUUGGGACAAAAUGCAAAAGGAAAGAGAGUGGAAUUUCAUCAUCCGUUUGAUAAUACCUGGCAUAGAGGGACUGUCGUAGAAGUCUUUGAAGGCUCAUCUGUUGUGUCUGUUGCUCUUGAUGAUGGGAAGACGAAGAACUUGGAACUUGGAAAGCAAGGAAUACGUUUAGUAUCUCCGAAGCAAGACUGUUGACUGCUAUUAAAUUGGUUAUUAGAUGCAGCGUAUUUGCGACUUUGGAUGAGAAGAGCAUGAGCAACUGCUGAACACCUCAAGGUUACUGCACCCUGCAUUAUGUGUUUUCUGCAACUUAUCUAACCUUUGGUUUCCGGAUUUUCCAUGCAAGGCAUUGGUUUGGUUCUGCUUUAUUGUCACCUUUCGUUUCUUAGUUUAUAGAUUCUCUUUUCUGGUCAGAAGCCUUUUGGUGGCACUUCAAAUUAAUCUUGUUGGGUUUACCGUUUCAAUGUAAAAUUUCUAGAGAUUAGAAAGUUCUGCUGUUACUGGUAUUAACUCAGAGUAGAUGUCGUCGUUAUACUAUAGUAUAUAUUAUAGCCAGCUGAGCUCUUUUCUGUAUGAAUUGACUGACAUCACCAUGAUACUACCAUAAAUCCAUUAGAUAUAAUCAGCUUGAGGCUCUUGGGACAAUUUUUGUCUAAGGUAUGAUGGGCCCAUGAGGAUACUUAUAUGAGUAAUUUUCAUAAUAGAGGUACUGUAAUCCCAGUUACCUAAACAUUGUGAUAGUUUGGCUAAUUACUAGUAACAAGAUUUGUGUUGUGUCA